GAAGGCUGCCUUGAAACCAGCCAGCAAGAUUGGUUGAGAUGUGGUAGCGGCACUGAUCAGAGCGUGCACCAACAACAUACAAACACUGGAGCUCUGCCUCGGAUAGCAGUUGCCACCCAACUACAUACAGCAGCUCUAAUCCUUCCUUUUCCUCCUUUCGAGCCGCUGCAGCCUCCGACCAGAAAGAUCUGGAUUCACUGCUUCGCUAUCGUCCCCACCAAGACUGUAUCGACAAUGGUUACAUGCGUAUUAACGAAGGACUCGACGAGUGGAGCCGAGCCGGCCAACGGGCCGCCGUUUGAGGGCCCCGAAAAAUUGCUCGAGCUCUGGUUUGCACCGUCGGCCGACCAGGUCCCGAUUGCCUCGAAUGUCGGCACCAGAGCUGGCCUCCUCCGCUCGGGCCCGAAAUUCACCGGCCUUCGGACCGUCAAUCAUCCGCUCUGGCACGCCAUGUUGGACCAAGUCAAGUGCAAGGUUUUGAGCGUCAUCGAAUCCGAACACGUCGAUGCUUUUCUGCUCUCAGAAUCCUCGAUGUUUGUCUGGCCACACAAGAUCAUCCUCAAGACCUGCGGGACUACCGGCUUACUUCUCGGCUUGGACAGUCUGCUCAAGAUCGCCAAAGAAGAGUGCGGAUUCUCGGGGGCGUGGCGGUGGUUCUACAGUCGCAAGGCGUUCAUGUUCCCGGCCCAACAAUCUGCUCCUCACACUUCUUGGGAAGAUGAGACUAGGUUUUUGGAUCAUCGGUUCGCCCCUCAUGCAACAGCCCAGGUUUUGGGAGAAAACCCUUGGUAUCUCUAUCAUAGAACAGCACCACCACGAUCCGGCAGCGCUCCACCACCCAGUGCGAUUUUACCCACUCCAAACCCAGACGUUAUCGCGAUGAACGGGACUUGUCAAGCUAUCGAGCCUGAGCAAGUUUCUCAGUUAGCCGAAAGAGACUAUACCUUAGAGAUUUUGAUGACCGGCCUAAGCCGACGAGCGGCGAGCCACUUUGAGUCGAGCGAAGAGUUAGGAGAGGGGCAUGAGGCGGGGAUCCAGAUCGCGACGAGUCUGGGGAUCGAUGCGCCUGGGUUGCUCGGAAGCGGCGAGACGGAUGCCUAUCUGUUCUCGCCGUGCGGCUUCUCGGCCAAUCUGGUCGGCGGCCCCGACCAGAAACGAUACGGGACGAUCCAUGUGACCCCCGAACGCUCCCACAGCUUCGCCUCCUUCGAAUCUAACGUCGACUAUACCAACCGACAUCUCGAGCUCAGGAACGUCAUCUCGCGGAUCCUCAAGACCUUCGAACCUAAGAAUACUACGAUCACUCUCUUCAAUUCUCAUGCCGAAGAGCUCCCAAACAACCUGGCUUCUCACUCCGAUUUGGAUCAGAAACUCGACCAACUCCUCGACCUUGAUCUCAGAAACUUGUACAGACUUGGCGAACAAAAAGACCACGAACUGGAUGACUAUAACUUGGCUUACAUCAGUCUGCAACGGCGAGAAGAAGAGUGUGGUUCCACUCUUCCGGCCGAACCUUGACUCAACUUUCUCUCAUCACUUUCGUUUCUUUUGUUUUCUUCUUUUUUUGUUCGUUCAUGUGGAAAGUUCACCGAAAAGCAAUGCAAUAUGUUACCCUUCCUCACCUCAUGCAUUGUUUUUUUUUUCGAAUAUACAUGAAGCAAAGAUGUGUUUUUUUAUACAGAUGUUUGAUUGUUAUAGAACAACUGGAGUAUAUAUAUAUAUACCACGAUGGGGAAAUGAAUAGGUGUAUAACACAAGAGAGAA